CGAUCUGAAGCUCGCCUCGCCCUGCAGUGAACGCGAGAAAGGCGGCGAGGAGCGCAGGGCAGCAGGACAGCAUGGCAGAGCCGACCAAGACACACGUUAUCCUGCUAGCCUGCGGCAGCUUCAACCCCAUCACCAAAGGACACAUUCAGAUGUUCGAGAGAGCCCGUGAUUAUCUGCAUAAGACAGGGCGCUAUAUUGUGAUUGGGGGAAUCAUCUCGCCGGUUCAUGACUCCUAUGGAAAACAGGGCCUUGUCUCCAGUCGACACCGCCUCACAAUGUGCCAGUUGGCUGUUCAGUCAUCUGACUGGAUCAGGGUAGAUCCAUGGGAGUGUUAUCAGGAUACUUGGCAAACAACCUGCAGUGUUCUGGAGCACCAUCGGGAUCUAAUGAAGAGAGUGACUGGCUGCAUUCUGUCCAAUGUAAACUCUCCAGCUACACCGGUAAUUGGACAGCCGCAGAAUGGAAGGCGCACCAUCUACCAGGAGACCACAAUCACAAACAACAAACCCACUGCAGUUCGAAUCCUGGGGAAGGUGAGCGAAAGUCUGGGAAGAAUCUGCUGUGUUCGCCCACACGUUGAACGCUUCACCUUUGUGGAUGAAAAUGCAAACCUGGGUACAGCCAUGAGAUAUGAAGAGAUUGAGCUCCGGAUCUUGUUGUUGUGUGGAAGUGACUUGCUGGAAUCCUUCUGUAUCCCAGGUCUGUGGAACGAGGAAGAUGUGGAAGUGAUAGUGGGUGAUUUUGGAAUAGUGGUCGUCCCACGUGACAAUGUAGACACAGACAGGAUCCUCAAUCACUCCUCGAUGCUUCGCAAGUACAAGGAUAAUAUUCUUACAGUAAAGGAUGAUACUAAUCACCCAAUGUCCGUUGUGAGUUCUACCAAGAGCAGACUUGCUUUGCAACAUGGUGAUGGCCAUGUGGUGGAAUAUUUGAGCCAGCCCGUCAUUGAUUACAUCCUGCAGAAUCAGCUCUACAUCAAGACAUCUGGAUAAAGUUCUGCAGUGAAGACCAGAAAGCACAGCUUACAGUCUCCCUCUCAGUAAAACUGUACCACUGCUCUUCUGCUUACAUGUACAGAGCUUCUCAUGUCUGCCAUUCCCACUGUACAAUAAGAGUAGAAGCUCUACUGACAGAGUGCACUGUGUGAACUGCAUACAACUUCUCGCUGUCCACUCGUGUCUCUUCCUUUGUGCUGCCCACUUUCAAUUCUUGUGCUGAUCUUCCUAUUAUUCCAGAUUACCAAACAUCAGUAUAACUAUUUCCACUUUUUUCAUUAGCAGUAGAAUUAUGUACGUUUCUUUGUAGCAAGUUGCUAACCUCUCUGUGCUGCUUGCAACUUCAAUGCAACCUGGUUGUGUGCCCUCUGGUUUGUCAUCCAGGACUUGCAGUUAGUAGCAUGUCUAGUUCAAAGAACUGCUUCAAUGCCUCUGUGUUUAAUAAAUGUGAUAUGCUCAAACAAUCAAUUGUUUUCCAUAGGAACAAAAUAAGAACUUGGACAAUAUUGCAGGUAUUCUUGAUGUCACAAAAUGCGAAACUUCUGAAAAUAUUCAUCAAUGUUUUGGGGAAAAAUAAACUGGCAUCAAUAGUAUUAGCCUCCUUCCUCUGAAUUAUGUUUUGGUUGCUGUGGGGAAAAAAAUAAAUUAGAAAAAAUAAGCAGAACCUCCCUCACUAUAAAAUUAAUGCAAUAUUUUUGUCCAUGCUUCAUAAAUCUGUUUAUAUAAACUUCACCAAAUAUUAAAACGAAAUUCAAAGUAAGUGUGGUUAAGAUCACACUGUGAUUUAGGAAUAUAUUUCAUUUCUAUGCAGAAAUAAAAGGCUCAGAAAAAUAAUCAGUCUGGAUGAAUCAGGAAUUGUAUGUUCUGCACUGUUAUGCAGUUGAUGUUCAAAGAAAUAAGUCCAAAUUUUACAAGUAAUUUGACUACUGUAAUGUUGGAAACGCAAAGAAUUCAAGAAAGUUUGAGAAUAGAAUAAUAAUCAUUAAGAUUAUCCUCCCGGAUAAGCCACAGCAGUAUUUUCACCCUUGGAUCUUAAAAGUUGAAGCAAAGAAGUCUGUGUUCUUUUUUGUGUAAGGCAUUCCUUUUGGUUACAUUGUGAGUGAGUUAGGAUUAACCUCCAGCUGUUUUCAUUUGUGAUUCCCUGGAUUGCCUAAGUAAUUCAAACAUGCAAUAAGAUCUCAGUUACAUUGAGAGUUGACAUCUACUUUACCCCCGGGUCCAAAUUUCUCAAAUAUAAUGCCUCUUUAACAUGUAAUUAUCUUAAUUUUGCAAAAUGUCAUUGUAAAUUGAGAUUUAUUUUAUCAAUCUUUUGUCCAAUUCUACCUUGGAGAUAUUCAUGUUAACUGGUAUUCUCAGAGCUUUACACAUUGCAGGAGAUCCAAAAGUUUUUUUUUUACAGAUUUAGCUUGUAGGGAAUUUUUAAUUGUUUUUGAUUCAAGUUCUUUGUGAUUUCAUAUGACUGAACCAUUGAGUUCCAGCUUAACUUUAUUUUUGGCUAAGUUUGGCCCAACUUGAAAGAAUGAUGAUCAGAUUUGGAGGUUUGUCACUUCUGAAGAGGUUGUGAAUCUUAUGAAAAUGAAAAGAAAGUAACACAGGAAUGUAUUAUUAUACAAGGGACAAAGUGUAUUCAAACUUCUCAAGCUAACUUUGACAGAUCAAAUGGGAUAAAUCCCUCUUCAAUUCUGACUCAAGACCUAGUUCUCAUCUCCCUUAAGAGAUCAAAUUGUAUAGCUCCAAACCACCACAACAAAAUAGGAAAUUAUGUAGAUAUUGUGAUUCUCUCCAAAAUGACCAUCUUAGAGGCAAAAGCUGAUCAUUGAACCAACAAACAAUCUGCUGGAGGAACUCAGUGGGUUGAGCAGCAUGUCAAAAAUUCCUUUCCCCCUCACAGAUGCUGCUUGACCCACUGAGUUCCUCCAGCAGAUUGUUUGUUGCUCCAAAUUCCAGCAUCUGCAGUCCCUUGUAUCUCCAGCUGAUUAUUGGAUCUUGCUUCAUUUCAUUAUUUUACCUUAGCAAUAUCUUGAACUGACAACAGAGAACCUCUAACAAUUGAUUUUUUGAUUCUGACCACUAUUGUAUUAAACACACCCAAUUAUUUUGUCACAGGAUCAGUUUUCAUUACUAAUGACCCUGCUCAUUCAGUCUUCUCUGAAAAGUCUUGCUAUAAAAAAUUUUACGUAUUUGAAUUGGUGCAGAUUCUUGUCAAAAAUACCUGCUGUUUCUGUUAAUAAUUGCACAUAGCUGUCAGAUGUAUCCUUUAAUGUACUAUAGUGUGUGACUGAUCUCUGUUCAGCAUUGUCUAGUGUCCAACAUCACUAGUAGUUUAAUCUUUAAUGUUGCACGAUUGUCUCUAAUGCACAGAUACUAGGCAGAUAUAAUGAAAGGGUUCUAUAUCACUUCCCUAAUGUUUUCAUUUUACUGUCAUUCAAGAAUAAUACUGAAGUGAUGUGUGCUCAGUUUAAGAGCUGUAAAUUAUCUAAAUGCAUGCUUUCAAGAUUCUCCAGCUAGAUGCCAUUUUUACCAAAAAAAAAAACCCUCAUAGAACAAGAUAGUCUACUUGCUGGCAUAAUGCUGGGUGAGCUCCAUAUGAAUCCACGUCUUUUAAGAAACAAAUUCUAAUUUCUCAAUUUGAAAUUCAGCAUUUCCAGAAAUGUCAAUGUAAUGGCACUUUUACAUAAAACAUAAAUUUAUCAAAAUAUUUUUCUUCUGACCUACAAUACAGUCUUUGUUCACAAAUCAAAUACAAACAAGAAGUAAAUAGCCUCAUGUAUGGCAGAUCUUUCCCAAGCGCUUGAAAUGUGUUUCUGUUUCUAACUUGCACUAGAAACUCCACUUUUAUAAUGUUUUUUUAUAUAAGCCUGAGAUAAUCUAGGAGUUAGAAUUCUUUUUAAUAAAUUUAUCUGAAUGAUUAGCAGUAUUAUAUAGGGCUGGAAAAUGUAUCCCAUUAGUAAAUAAUGCACAAUGUUUAGCAGAGAAGAUUAAAAAUAUAACCCGGUAAGUUGCUUCUACAUCCUGGCCUGGGAUAAUUUAGCUCUACUGUUUGUCAACACUCAGCCAGUGAUGUUCCGGGAAAUGAAUUAAGGAAUAUCCACAUAUUAAAUAACUGAUUCCAAAAAAAUGUGGUAGCAACAUGUGUAAACCCCACCUGCACCCAAUCUCUUCCCCUGCUCUGGUGGUCAUUCAGUGGUCAGUGUGUACAUUUGUAUUAGUUACCAUUUUCUUUAAAUAUGCAAUACAAAUGAGUCUGAUUUAGUUGAUAAAAACUGUUUAUUGCGCUUCUGAUAUUUGUGACAUUCCCCAUGAUGUAAUGACAUGAUUGAAAUAUGUGUAGGUGUGAAUCAAUGUGGAAAAAAAUUGCAUCCAGUGUAGUAUUCAAUAUAUUGUUAAGUUUCUUAACAACAACCUUUCCCUGUCACUCCAACAUUCAAAGGAGUUUUAGAACACAGUACACACUAGCUAAAAGCUAACUGUUUCCUCGGGUCUGGUUCUGGAUGGCACAAAUGCAUGCAUAAUGUUAUCACUUGUGUAUCAACUUUUAACGCAGAGUGCAUUCAAGGUAAAAGGGCAGAAGACAUAAGGAAAAGCUAUUGACUGUUAUCAUUUUAAUGUUUCAGAGCAUUUACAUAGGAUGCUUCUUCAUCAAAAUGAGCUCACUGAGUGAGACAGCGUUUUGGAUACCUUUUUGAACUAAGAUGGGCUGAAUCACCUGUAUCUGUAACUUUUUUGUUAUAUGCCCCGUCAUCAUAAUAAACUUACUCUCGUAACACCACAUUACAUGGUUAUUGGGUCUCACCUAUUUAUCACAGUCUGACAUUUUGCUGCAGGAAUUUCACUAUUGCCUCCAUCAAUGUUACAAAAGCAAAUCCAUUGACCCUGUUUAAAUUAUUAGCAGUCAGGCAAAAGUGACCUGGCAAUUGCCACAAAGCAUAUAUAAUUGAGAUUGUUGGGGUAAGUGUAACUCUCUUUAACCAAACAAGCCACAAAUAAGUGAGGGUGGCAUUUAUGCUACAUGAUUAAGAGUGCUGUGCACUGAGUUUGUGAGUUGUAAUUGAAUUAAAAUGGUUAUUGCUUGGUGUUUUGUUUUCCUUUCUUUUCUGAUGUGGAACCCAUUCAAUCUCACACUAUUCACAGCAUGCCAUUUGCUUAAGUCAGAUCACAGAUCAGGUCAUCUGCACAUUGUUGUCUAGACGUCUUGGUGAGAGGAUAUGCAUUAACCACUAAGUGACCCCUUAGUAAUCUCACAUAUCUUAAAAUAUAGUUAAUUUUAGAACAUUUCCUAUUUCUGUGUAUUAUCUUUAAUUAUUGAUACUGAAGAUGAUGUGAUGAUGGAUUUAAUAGUCAGAAAUCAAAUAUUCUGUUUUGUGUAUCAUAAACUUUCAAAUUAUUUCUUAAAUUGCUAAUAAAAUUCCU